UAAUAAAAAUCAAAUAUUUAUUUAAUUUAAAUCUAGUUAGAAAAUCUGUAUGGUGUUUACACUGAAAAUAAGCCACAUCAGUCAAAUGUCAAAAUUUUGUGAGAUUCGAUAAACAAACAAUACACCCACACAUACGAAAAUGAUUUCGGGAACAAAAUAUAAUUUAAAAAGUCCUGGAGUUAAACGGCUUAUGCGAGAGGCUGCAGAAUUGAGAGAACCAACUGAAGAAUAUUCGGCAAAACCUUUAGAUGACAAUCUUUUUGAAUGGCAUUUUACAGUACGGGGGCCAUCAGGGACUGAAUUUGAAGGUGGAUUAUAUCAUGGACGUAUAUUAUUACCUACACAGUAUCCAAUGCAACCACCAAAUAUAAUUUUAUUGACGCCGAAUGGGAGGUUUGAAAUAAAUAAAAAAAUAUGUUUAUCAAUAUCUGGCUAUCAUCCAGAAAGUUGGCAACCAUCAUGGUCUAUACGUACAGCUCUAUUAGCUUUAAUUGCAUUCAUGCCGUCACCUGGACGAGGGACAAUUGGUUCUUUAGAUUAUACACCAGAAGAACGUCAAAUUCUUGCAAAAAAAUCACAAACUUGGGAAUGUGAACUUUGCGGAAAGCUGUGUGAUCAUUUGGCAAAAGAAGACGAAGGAGGACAUCGAUUAGGGUCUGCAAAACCGUUGACCCAAGAAGAAUCGGAUCUUAUUCAACAAAUUGCUUUAAAGGCUGAAGAAGAAAAAUUUGAGAAGAAAGAAGUACCAACUUCAAAUGAUGAUAGUGUAGAAAAUGAAGAAUCAUCUAUUCGACAACGUGUUAAUCCUAUCUCAACAGUCGAUUCAGUCCAAAGAAUAGAAAUAUUAUCAACUUCAUCACCAACAUUAAAAGAUAAAACUAUCACGUACUUUAUGAUACUUUUAAUUGCAGCUAUCCUACUAUUAAUAUUACGAAGAUUAUUCUUGCUUUAAAUUCAAAAAAUGUGA